AUGGCUUACAACGACAGUUCGUCUAUUAUCAUUAAUAUAACGGAUGAGUAUUUAUCGUACCGGCCACCGGAGUGGUUUUUCAGCUUGUUCGUCCCGCUGUUCUCUGGACUAGUGUGCAUUACCGGUAUUCCUGGCAAUGGAUUUGUCAUGUUUAUGCUACUGCGUUACUCUGGGCUGAGAACCGUGCCCAACGUCUACAUUUUCAACCUGGCUUUAGCCGAUCUGAUGUUUUUGUGCAGUUUGCCGUUUCUCGCCUACCUCAAUUCGACGUUUCAGUGGAUUUUCGGCGGAAUCAUGUGUAAACUUGUACUCGGCAUAGAUGGGAUGAACAUGUUCACUGGUAUUUACAUUCUGACUGCUAUGAGCGUUGAUCGCUAUUUGGCGAUAGUGCACGGAAUACGCUCGAUGAAGUAUCGAACGGUAAAGAUGGCGAAAUUUGUCAACUGUGCUAUGUGGGCGCUCUCCGUAGCGGUAACAUUACCUGUAUGGAUAUACGCACAAGAAUAUGAAGGGGGUUGUGACAUGUCACUACCCGAUCACCUUGGAAAAUCCUGGUUUAUACUUUACACAUUCGUAUUGGGAUUUAUCGUGCCGGUAUUUAUAAUAACUGGCUGCUAUGUUUUUAUUUCAUAUCACAUUUUAACGACAGAAGGACCGAGGUCUGAGAAUAAACAAAAAUCCAUAACCGGUCAAAAAAAAGUGUUCGUCAUGGUGGCGCUCGCUGUUGCUGUUUUCAUUAUAUGUUGGUUGCCUUUUUACAUUGUGCGACUAGUAUAUAUAUUUGGUGUCUAUAACAAAAAAGUCAUUAUACUUUUCUUCGUCAGCAUGUGGAUGGGGUACGCCAACAGUGCCCUCAACCCGCUUAUAUAUACGUACACGGGUGGCAACUUCCGCAGAAACUUUGCGAAGAUGCGGAAGCGAUCGUCGGGCAGCCGUAGGAGCUCAUUCAGAAACUCUGACCGCCACACGACGAUACGGCGAGGCGACAAAAUACAGUAUACGAAACCGAACCGGACUAAACGUCGGAAGGUGAAUCAUAACCACGACGUCGACUACGAUACGACAUACACGACGUGUGUCUACGUCCCAAACCACUCACGCGAAGUCAUUACAGAGCUCGUAUCCGUGAUUUGA